GAGUCAAAUGUAAAAACGUGUUGCAACUGUCCCCGGUCUGCCCUACGCUCCGACUGGGCGGUGAGAUUUCCUCCAGACCUUGAACGCAGCACCGGGUCAGGCUCAGCAGCUGCUCUGUGAGCAGACAGGUCCUGCAGCAGCAGCAGCUGAUUAAACACACGCGCUUCCUCUCUGUUUUCGAUAUUCCCCACAUUUUCUGAACUUUGAUGACUUUUAAUGGACGCCAUGUAUUAAUGGACUCCAUUUAAAUAUAAAAAACCUUAGAAGAAGAAACUGUGCCUUUAUUUUCAACAGGGACUAAAUUCGCCGAUAACUUCAUCAAGGAGUUAAAGGUAUGGACACACGUGCUGCCCAACGAAGCAUGCUCUUUUCUGCUGCUGGGAGCUAGCUCUGCUCCUGCUGGCCUUUUCCCUCCUUCCAGAACCCUUGUCAGAACAUCGAGGACUCCACAGUCCCUGUUGGCCGUGUCUGAAGGGGACCAUCCUGAAGAUGGACGAAAGACGAGCACGCUCCUUUCACAUGACGUGCCACGUACAGCGCGACUACGGCAGCAGGAUGAGGAGCUCCUUCAUACGAUGCAGCCCCAACGGAUGUGCCGGCACGAGUGUCAGCCUCAGCCUGGACCGCAACAUGGACCUCGCAGCCUCUGCCGGGACCACCUCCGGCUGCGUGGCCCUGCGAGUCCCUGCGGCUGACUUUGGCCACUACUCUCCCGUGUCGCAGGAACUGGACCCCUCUCUGGUGAAUAAUGGAUCAGGCUUUCCCUGCUGUCCGCCUGUUGACACCAAGGACCCAGUGCUGCAGAUCGUUCCCAACCAGCCCUCCAUCACCCCAAUCCCACCUCCUCUUCCUCGCUCCAGUUGGCUGCGCAAUCAUCAGAAGGAGUUCCAGAGUCCUUACGUUCAGACGAGCAUGCAGGGGGAUGUUUACAACUUUUUAGAAAGACCUGCUGGAUUGAAAUGCUUCCUCUACCACUUCCUUGU